UCGAUAGACCUUGUUGUUGAAUCCCUCUUGCCACACCCCUUGCAUCGUCUGCCGUGAGAGCUCAUCCAUGGCGGCAGCUCCACGUCCCUUACACUAGGCAUUCACUCACACACCGGAAGUAAGAGGAGAAUGGAACCCAUGAAACUCUGCAACGUCCCAGGUAGCGUACCCUGCUUCCAAGCUUUCCAACUCCCCUCCCACUCCCUCGCAUCCAAACGCUUUUUUCCCGCCGGGUCCCGGCGACUUCCCAGCCGUUCAUGGAGCCCCUGCAGCGGAUACGGCGGUUCUCAGGGGAUGGUGGCGAAGAAGAGUCAGAAAGAGGCGCAUGCGAAACCCCAUUUACUCAGAGGAGAAGAUGGAGAGCAGAUCGACCUUAUGUCGUGGAUGCACAGCCAGGGACUCCCGCCCUGCAGGGUGAAGCUCAGGGAAAGGCCCUCCCAUGAUCCGAAGCACUUCCCCAUUCGUUUUGUCGCUGCUAGUGAGGAUCUUCAAUCUGGGGACGUGGCUUUCUCGGUGCCAAAUUCUCUUGUUGUAACGCUCGAACGGGUAUUAGGGAAUGAAACAAUAGCGGAGCUGUUAACAACCAACAAGUUGUCUGAACUUGCUUGUUUGGCACUCUAUCUUAUGUACGAGAAGAAACAAGGGAAAAAGUCCUUCUGGUACCCUUUCAUUAAAGAGCUUGACCGUCAACGAGGAAGAGGACAACUAGCGGUAGAGUCACCACUCUUGUGGUCUGACGAUGAGCUGGAAUAUCUUGCAGGCAGUCCUACGAGAGAAGAGGUCUUAGCAAGAGCUGCAGGCAUCAAAAGGGAAUAUGAUGAGCUUGACACUGUUUGGUUUAUGGCUGGCUCCUUGUUUCAGCAAUAUCCAUAUGACAUUCCAACUGAGGCUUUUAGUUAUGAAAUAUUCAAACAAGCUUUUGUGGCAGUUCAAUCAUGUGUUGUUCAUUUGCAGAAAGUUGCACUGGCUCGAAGAUUUGCCUUGGUUCCAUUAGGCCCUCCACUGCUGGCUUACAGAAGCAAUUGCAAAGCAAUGCUAACAAGCACAGAAGAUGCUGUUCAGUUGGUGGUUGACCGUCCAUACAAGUCAGGCGAACCCAUUUGUGUUUGGUGUGGACCUCAACCUAAUUCCAGAUUGCUUCUGAAUUAUGGAUUUGUAGAUGAAGAGAACCCAUAUGAUCGUUUAUCAAUUGAGGUGUCCCUCAAUACUGAUGAUCCUCAAUAUCAAGAUAAGAGAAUGAUUGCUCAAAGAAAUGGAAAGUUAACAGUGCAGGUUUUCCACGCUUAUGUGGGAAGAGAGAAGGAGGCUAUCAUGGAUAUGCUACCAUAUAUGCGGCUAGGUUAUGUCUCAGAUCCUGCAGAGAUGCACACAGUUAUUUCCUCUCAAGGCCCUGUUUGUCCUGUAAGCCCAUGUGUGGAGCGAGCAGUGUUGGACCAGCUAAGAGGUUACCUUAAGACUAGACUUGCUGGCUAUCCUACGAAUCAAUCCGAGGUCGAUAUCCUGUUGGCAGAUAUCAGGGCUGACCCCAAAAGACAAGUGGCAAUGCAGCUGGUUAAGCUGGAGAAGAAGAUGCUGAGUGCUUGUCUGAAGGCUGUGGAUGGUUUCAUAAAUGAUUUGCCAGAUCAUUCUGUUGCCCCAUGCCCUGCCCCUUAUGCUCCUUCACUCAAAUGAUCCCUAUGUUUUUGACUCCUGCACCAUUUGUGGCCUGUUAGCCAUUAUAAGAUUAGCUUGCAUCAAUCAGCGCUUAAGUUGGCUAGCACUAGAAUGUGUACAGUGUUGCGAUAUUUGAAAACCAAUUACAGAUGUUGAUGAAGCAGCCAUUGAUCCUAAUAUUCAGAAAAAGCAUGUUGAACUCA